AUGCGCCUCGCCUAUCUCCUCCUGGCUGCCUUCCUGAGGCAACCACAGGGUAUAAAAGGCAGCCCAGGUCGCUCUCUCAUCCACUUCUCCUGCCUCCUUCUCCUUGGCAACCAGGUGAAGCUCCAGACUCAAGCCAUGUCCUGCUGCAGGCCAUGCCCACCCUGCCAGCCCUGUGGCCCAACCCCACUGGCCAACAGCUGCAAUGAGCCCUGCUGUGUGAAGUGCCAGGACUCCACCAUUGCCAUCCAGCCUCCUGCUGUGGUGGUGACCCUGCCUGGACCCAUCCUCAGCUCCUUCCCUCAGAACACUGCUGUGGGCUCCUCCACCUCUGCUGCUGUUGGCAGCAUCCUCAGCUCUGAGGGAGUGCCCAUCAACUCCGGGGGCUUUGACCUCUCCUGCAUCACCAACCGCUACUCUUGCCGGCCCUGCCGCCCCUGCUAG